CUACCCUGAGAUACUGUGAAAUGUCAGGUGUGCGCCUGAAAGACGGGGAAAGCUACACAGCCGUGGUUCGUGCAGUAAACAUGAGGCAGCAAGUCAGUGAAGCAGUAUCAGCAUCUGUCACAGUAGACAGCACAGCGCCAGUACUUACAGGAAGAAAAGCGUUAGUUCAGUGGAGGUCUGACAGUGUGAGGGUUUUCUAUGGCGAUGUGUUUUAUCCCAGAAGAGACCACCUGACCUACACCAUCAGCGUCGGCUCCAACAAGGGCUACAGCGACUACAUGCAUCUGUAUACUACACGCCACAAUGACGUCACAGUCAACGUCCCUGGCAUCACAUCAGAGGUUCACGUGACACUAACAGCUCAAGCACCUGUUGGAACUUAUGAAACUUACUAUGGUUCUUUCACUAGAAACUGAAACUAACGGGUGCAAACAUAUUGGCAUCAGCAUCAUGAAAUAACCAAUCAUAUCUCGUGGUCUUUGUUUUCCUGUAACAAGUGUGUUUGUAUGCAGUGUAUUUUCAUAUAGCAGACCAGUGUAAACUGAAACUAUUCGAGUGUGUUUUUCUACAUAGCGUAGUUAAUAUUUUCAGAACAUAUAUAUCAGUGUAACCAGAAACCAAAACUAUUUUAGCUUAUGAUUACAUAGUGCGUGGUGAAGAACGGUACUGGGAUAACGCACAACAGAGCUGAUGUUGGCGAAGCCUUUGAGACAAUACGACGUGAUAUAUUCUAUGAUGAAACAAAAUGUAUGAAUCGUUGGAGAUGAAUGAAACCCCAAUAAUGCGUAAUUAAUCUAUACUGUCUGUAUUGAUUACAUUUCGACGGUAGCAUACCGUAUUAUACGUCAAUAUUGCUGUUCA